CCAUCAGAUCAUGGCUGUCUACAUCGACAUUCGCACAGUGUACGAGAUACGCGAACGUCCUAGUAGGAUGUACAACUGGACUGCUCUCGUCAUGUUGCAGCUUGUCGCUGAGCUUCCCUGGAACAUGACAGGUCCUGCAAUGUUCUUUUUCUGCUGGUACUGGACCAUUGGAUUCCCCACAGCCUGGGCAGGCUACACGUUCCUCAUUCUCGCCAUCGCCUUCCCGUCGUACUAUACUACGUUUGGACAUGGUAUCGCGUCCAUGUCGCCCACCGCUCCAGUUGCAUCCAUAUACUUCACAACUCUCAGUCUACUGGAACUGAGCCUGUUGUUUGUGACAGCUGCAGCGAAAUCAUUGUUGGCAUCAGGCAUAAAUGCUUGGACUGUCCUGACUACGAUCUAUGCACAUCCUGUAUUGAGUCAGGUGCUGCAGAGAAGCACAACUCUUUCCAUGAAAUCUUUGAUAUUGAAACGCCUGGACGGGUGCUCAUUCACACGGUCUUUAGUGGAAGCAGGGGAGCGCGAUGCUUCUGCAACUAGUCGUCAUGCUACAGCAGAUAGCCCUCGCACCUCCAUGGCCACUUCAGCCAGCGCUGUGGAGGCUGGUCGGGGUGCUUAUGGUGAAGUGUACCAUGCAAGCGAUAUCAUCGGUGAUGGUGAUGUGGUUGUCAAGCUCCAAUGUAUCACUGGCUCCACCACCAGCUUGGAGCAUGAGUAUAAUGUGCUCAGGCAACUUGGUGACACUGUUGGCAUCCCCCAUGUCCACUGGUUUGGAUGCGAGGACAACUAUGAUGCCCUAGUCCUUGAUUGUCUUGGACAGUCGCUUGAGAGUGUAUUCAAGACAUAUAAACACUCUUUCAGCCAGCAACACUAUAGUGUUCAUAGCCCAUCAGCUUGUCUGCCUGCCUCCAGUACAUUCACUCAAAACACUUCAUUCAUCGCGACUUGA